AUGCCAGGACAGAUGCAGGAGGAGUUUGGGACCAGCUGUGGAGGGGGAAGUGGGGCAGCUAUAGGCACAGGAAAGACCACGUACUCCAGGUUUAAGAGUAUCAUUAGGAGGAAAGUGUCAGCCAGGGCUGGGGUGGUGAGCAGUCCUAUCGUCACAAGAUGGCAGCCGCUGCACGCAGGAGGUAGCAUGGUGGAGCCCUGCAGGGCCAUCUGUCCAACCUGUCUCAGUGCCUCUGGGAGGGAGGCUCCAGGUAUUGUUUCCAUUAAAAUUGUUUUUCCAGUGACACCUCUGGUGCCUAAGAAACUCCCCAUCAUGAAAACUGUCUUGACUCUACCCUGCACUAAUGCUGUAGCAGGUUUGGAAGGAAGGAAUAACGGGAGAGCUAAAAUGGAAAAGAAACGGAAUUAUCCUUCUCAGCUUCAAGUGGUCCAGGAGGUUGGAUACAGUAGUGCAGAAAGGGGUGACGUGAAGAUAUGUGAAAAUACCAAUUGCAUCUGGAAAGGAUGCUGUGAGGGCACCCAGAAUGAGUUCAGAGCUGUUGCCAUCUCAAAACCUUCUACACCAUUGUAACCUGAACUGAAGCUUCAUAUUAGUGGCUUGUGCGACGAUUACUAUCUAAACAUCCUGGACUGGAGCCCUGAGAAUCUCAUUGCUGUUGCUGUAGGACCUGCUGCACACAUCUGGAAUGGAGGAACUCUUCAAGCCAUUGAAAGGAUUGAUUUGAAUUCCAGUUCCAAAUAAAUUUCAUCCCUGGCUUGGAUAAAAGAAGGAACUUGCCUUGCAAUUGGCACCAGUGAUGGAGAAGUGCAACUCUGGGACAUUGAAACCAAAAAAAAGUUGAGGAAUAUGUUUGGUCACCUUUCUGUAGUUGGAGCUCUGAGCUGGAAUCGUUAUAUUCUGAGCAGUAUCAGCAGAAUAGGAUCUAUUCAUCACCACGAUGUUCGGGUUGCUCAGCACCAUGUUGGUACACUUUGCCAAAGCAAGCAGAGCAUUUGCAGCCUGAAAUGGUCACUAACCAACCAAUUGCUGGCAAGUGGGUCUAGCGAUGGCAUAUUGAAUAUAUGGCCCAGUGACCUUGGUGUGAAAUUGCAGUCAAAGCCACUGAAAACCAUAUCUCAUUCUUCAGCAGUUAAGGCUAUGAAUUGGUGUCCUUGGCAGACCAAAGUCCUUGCUACAGGGGGUGGAAUGAACAAUGGGAUUUUGCAUGUCUGGGACAUUAAUAAUGAGAAAAUCAUCCAAAGUACAGCUACAGAUUCUCAGAUUUGUUCCUUGCUCUGGUUACCCAAAACCAGUGAGCUGAUAACUGGACAAGGCCUUCCUGGAAAUCAGAUGAAAAUAUGGAAGUAUCCCAUGCUUACCAAUUCAUCAGAACUACAUGGUCACAAAGGGAGAGUCCUGCAUAUAGCUCUGAGCUCAGAUCAGAGCAGCCUCUUUUCUGUCGCAGCUGAUGGGACAGCUUGUCUGUGGAAGUGCCUGGAGUGUGAGGAGAGCAAGCACAGCAGCAAGGCUUUUUCUAGUGGUUCUCUAAGCUCAUUUUUGUGA